UUUUUUUUUUUUUUUUUUCCUCUGCACACACGCUCAAUCACGUUCAAUGGCGUCGAGCACAGGCAAUGAAGCGGCUGCAUUUACGCAGGUUGUUAGUCGGUUGCUGAACAACGGCAGCCCGAGCAGCGCCGAGACUGCACAGACACGUCAAGAUCUCGAGUCGCUGCAGAGUCUGCUGACCGCGACCAACCAGGACGGCGGACUGAGCGGAUACGCCGACGCCCCGGUUCCGAUGACGCUUGCACAGCGACUUGAGCUUGCUCAGCGCGUUGACAUGCUGUGCCAAAGCUUGUCGUCUUCCACUGCUGCUGCUGCUGCUGCUGCUGCUGCCGAUGGUGAUGGUGACGAUGCUGCUGCUACUGCUUCUGGUGCACAUGAAGCGUCAUCGCGGUCGCCAUCGUCGCUCAUGCAUCAUAUCGGCGGUGUGGAUGCGCGGUCGCUCCUCCUGCCAAGCAACAACCAGCCGCCCAGCGCCGUUCAGCGUCAGUCUGUUGCGCGCCUCCUCGCCGUCCGCGAAGACGCAGCGACCACCAACACCUUCCUCGCCACGCUGUUCUCUGCUCAGACACUCAUCAAAACUAAAUCACCGAAUCCAAGACGAACAUCCGCGUUAACUGGUCGACGACACCGUCGAUCUCCAUCGCCAACACUCCAGCGGCGAACGGCUACCCGGACGGAAGGGCGCCAAGCCCCGACUGUGGAUUCUGAGGUCGACACCAACUCCGAGGACGAGAAUGGCAUGUCGAUCGAUUCUUUGGAUUCAGAGUAUGCUGCACUCUUUGCAGAUAUGCACCACGCCUUCCUAUCCGACGGCCACGAGCGCGAUGACGAGGAAGAAAUCAGCGACGACGGUCAGGACUACGAAGACAGCGCUCAAGACGCGUCGGAACCAGCCCGGAAUGGCGCAGAUCAGGCAGCAGCUCCCCAUCGCUUCACUUUGCUGCAAAACUUUUACUCGGCAAUACGCCGAAACCAUCCCAGUCCAAGCACCAGCACCAGCACUAGCACUGGCACCAGCACUGGCACUCAAUUCCCCCCAACAACACGCGACAGGCCAGCUUCCAUGGCAAGGCGUCGUCUACCAGCAGCGCCAGCCAAUGCCAACGGCUGGCCUGUCGAUAACACCACCCCGGCAGAGCUCGACUUGGAUGCUUUGAACAGCGCCUUGGAUUGGUGCUCUGUGCUUAUCGCUGGCGGGGCGUCGUCGGACGACUUUUGGACUAGACUCGCCGCGGACAAGCAUGCAACGGCAGCAACCUCGUGCUUCUUUCUGUGGGACGCAGACUACGUUGCGUACCGUUGCAAAACGUGUGGUCUGUCGCCUUGUACGUCCAUUUGCGCAGCCUGCUUCGAGAAGGGCAACCAUGUCGGGCAUGAUUACUCCAUGUUUCGCUCGUUCACUGGCGGUGCGUGCGACUGUGGCGACUCUGGUGUGAUGAAAGCGAGCGGGUUUUGCGCCGACCAUUGCGUCUCGGAUCCCGAAACCCGACGCCAGAAAGAGGAGCGCGAAGCGGCCCUGCUCCCAAGCUGGCUCUCGCCGUAUUCCCAGUUCUCUUGCCGCCGUGUCUUGACGUGGCUUGUGCGCCAUGCCCUGCAUCUCUAUCUGUAUGCACAGACCGCCCCCCACGCCACCGCCUCGCGUCGAUCCCCGCGUUCAGCUGCACUUGUUUCGGACACCUCUGCAUCCCGGACUCUGGGUCUUGUGGACGCCAGUGCGCGUGCCGCCAUGGUGGCAGACGAGAUACUCGCGGCGUGUUUCAAGUGGAUGUCGACCAGUAGUGAUUUGCGUGUUGUGAUGAGUCACAUUCUGCUGGAGGAGAUUGCUCUUUCGGAGGACAUUCCGUUGGUUGCCGAAAUGUUGUUCCAAGCCAAUCCGCAAAACGCUCUUCCUUCGUGGCCGGUUUCCUCGGACGACUCGGUGACGCACACCUCCGCGACUGGGCACUCUUCAUUGCCCGGCAGCACUCCACAGCCGCAAUCGACUACUUCUGUUGCUAGAGCUUCCGCCGCGUCUGCCACGUACUGUCCAACGAUAGCUGGCAUUCCAAUCUACCCACCAGGUGGUCCUUCGGCAUGGGGCCAAUCCCUUGAUGCGCAUCGAGUGCCCAGCAACGCAUCUGCCGCGCCGUCACACACCUUGCUCUAUUGGUUGAUGGCUGCUUCGGCGUUCGUCGGUUUGCCACAAACAUUUGUUACCUUUGCACUCUAUGUCCUGCCGUUCCAGCGUGUCAAGGACGAGGCCGCGCACGCAUUCAGCUGCCAUUACUUGCGUCUGACAACAGCCAUGCCCCAGAGUCACGAUCCGGCUCGCUAUUGCAAUCGCGUCGUCCAUAUUAGCUGCCAGUUGUUUAGCAAUCCUGGCCUUGCGCUGCAGUCCGAGGAACGCGACAACUGCUCUGCCAAGCUGGCUACAUCCCUGUGUCACGUCCUCGGCAGCAAUGUCAAACACGCGCCUCUCGCGGGCAGGGCAGAUCUCGGGGUCAACCAGGACGUGGUUGUGAACAUUAAUGCACCCUUCAUCAAGAAGCACCAGUACUGGUCUGUAACCAGUGAUCUUGUCAACAUUUUGACACACCCGCAAGUGGCGUGCAUGAUGCUCGGGAAAGCGCCGACGCUGUGGUCCCUCGCGCAAAUCGUGUCCUUGAUUCAAGGCAUAUUUUACAACACUCGUUGCACGACUGUGCAUAUCGAGUACGAGCCUGAUGAGUAUUCGACUGCCUUUGAACUCGAAAUCGAGGCGAGUGGCACUUUUCUGGGUUAUUUCCGGGCGGCACUGGAAACACUUCUCCCUCCUGCAGCCCAGCUUGCUGGCACGCAGUCGCGUCUGGUGAACGCAGCCGCCAGUGCCGCGCCUGCCCUCAACAAGGCUCGUUCUCAGCCUCGAACAGUUCGAGAAUUGCUGCUGCCAGGUCUCGAACCCGCAUCGUUACGGGAGAGCCUCUGCGCUGAACGACUCGAGCAUGUCCUGCCUGCGCUGUCCGCGCUUGCGCAAAUGCUGGUGGAUUGGCACAGCCGCGCCGGCAUGACUCGCCGGGAGGUGCCCCACAACCGCAGCGCCGGACCCGUGUUCGACUUUGCCGUCGACGUGCGUCCCAUCACGCUGCACAUCCCUCUGCACCGAUGGUUUGCAGUGUUUGCCAGCCGCGGAAUGGCUUGGACGGGCCUCACCUGGCCCAUUCUUUGGUCGAAAAUCCACAAGUUUGCUCAAGACUUUGAGCGUGAUCGGCAACAGAGCGAGAUGACUGCCUGGUUGGAAGAAUCUCGUGCAGCCAUGAAGCUUGAGUCGAGUAGUGCAUCUGCUGCGAGCUUGGUUUCAGCUCCCCGUCGAGCCUCAAGUCGUGGGUUUUAUUCCGAUGUGUUGCUUCAACACCAAAGCCUGCCCGCCAUGGAAAGUUUCAUUGCGGCGUUCUUUGAGUUCCCGCUGCGCGUCUAUGUGCUUCGGGCACAAGCGCGCGCUGGCAUGUGGCGGCGCAACGGCGAAUCACUCGCACAGCAAGUGUGGAUGUACAUGCAUCCAAGCUUUGCAGAGACCUUUGUCGAUCCAGACAUUUUCGCGCUUCAGCUUGGCGCAAUCGCGCUCUCGCCGAACACGCUGCUGACGUCGAUGGCAAUGCGGUUUGGGCUCGCCUCAGAGCUCUCGUUCUCCGCCCCCGAGUUCCGCGUGGGCGACACUCCCGACUUGUUUGCCGACUUUUUCAGCUUGUUAAUCACCAUGCUGUCAGAGCGCACCUUCCUCGGUAUGAGCUUUGGCGAGUAUGUCCGCAUGGAAAUCAUCCACCGCCUGGCCGUCGAUGAUUUCACCCACUCCAGCCUGACUGAAAGCCUUCCCCAUCGUGUGGGUGCGGACGAGCAGUUUGAUGAAAUCCUCAAGCAAGUUGCGGAUUACCACGCCCCGGCAAACACUGCAUUUUCGAUGCGUCAAGGAUUCUAUUCGCUGCGCCGAGAAUGCUGGGAUGAGGUCGAUCUCGCUCACUUGGUCGCGCGCAUCUAUUCCAAGUCCACCAUCGCGAAAGGAAUUCAGCGAAUGGCAUUUGCUCGGCCAGACCUGGUAUCGGCGACGGCUACCGCUGGCCUCCUCACACCUGCAGAGUCUGCCUCAGGCAGCGGUGAACUGUCGACCAGUCCGGGCCACACAGGCGGCACCGCGGCGGCAAGGUCUUCCAACGCGUCCGUCUGGGCGACGCGUUUCCCGUACAGGCGUCUGCAGCCACUCUCCAACGAAUUUGCGGGACUGCUGCGAAUGCUUGACGAUCCUCUGCUCCAUGCACUCGUGUUCUUUGCCGCGUAUCGCUUAAUUUAUGCAAUCGAAUGUGACCGGCGAGUGCGCGAUCGAGCAGCUGACGCGGCGGGUCCAAGCACCACGGCGUGCGAAGCCUCGUUUUUCGAGGCCAUGCACGUGCUUCGAUGCGCGCUGGAUUUCCACGACACCCGCUAUGGAGUGGGCGUUGGCCCGUCUCGGGCGAUCUGGACUGCAGCUGCAGCCGUUCGGCCGCACCGCGUCGCAAGCUCGGUGUUUGACCUCGGCUUGCCGUCUAGCGACAUUGUCGUCAACAUGUGCUUUGAGUGCGUCGUCCCUCCUAGGAUUUCUGUCGGAGGAUCGUUUACAGCCAGCUCGGGUACGCCUUUAAUGAAUGCCUCUAUCCUUUCCCUGCUGAACGCACUCUGCACCAUGCCCGAAAUGGAAUCCCAUGCCUCGUACUUGAGUGCCGUCAUGGACCGCAUCGUAGCAUGGUCUGGCUGUCGUGCCUACUGCCUUGCUUUGCGGUCCGGCACCUCCGACUCUCCCUUUGAACAUGCCGUACGGGCCGUUGUCGAAGACGCGGCUGCCAGCUCUCUCCAUUCCGCCUGCGCUCAGUCUCCACCAAAGAAUGGCGCUGACUUGACCGAUUACAUGCAGCAUGCCGCAGCAGAACAGGCGGAGUCCGAUGCGGCGUCCUCUGCAAAGCGCAAGCAAGCCGCCAGUCAGCGAAAACUCGCCAUCAUGAAUGAGUUUUCCGCACGCCAGCGUGCAUUUGUGCAGCACACGCAAGCCGAGGAGAGCCGCGCCACCGCUGCAGUUUCCACAGAGGUCGGCGAGACUGAGGACUCGGUCUCUUCCACUCCGAUGAGCGUGGACGGGUCUGAUGCGAAUAACGCGAGCGCGCCAGUGUACGAGUGCGUCAUUUGCCUCACCAGCACGCCAUCCACGCUUGCUGAACCGAUGGGCUAUGUGGCGUGGGUUUUCCCGUCGGGCGUAUUGGACAAUGAGGUCGACCAAGCGGUGGACCAAGCGGUGCACCAAGCGGUGGGUGCUGGGGCCAACGAGCACGAAAGCGCCACGACACCGACACCACCAGCACUCGAUUCUCACGCGACAGUAGCAUCCACCGAUCCCGUGGCCAUCAGGCUCUUCAGGCAAGCAAACCGGCAGAAGAAAAGUGUUGAUGCUCUCGCUGCUGAGCACCAACCAGACCGCCAUCCACUGCACAUGCUACAACACGUCGACAUUCAAACCACGAAAGGCGAUCAGGCUGUGAGUCUGCAGGUCCGGUCUUGUGGACACUGUAUGCACUUUGAGUGCUAUUCGCAGUUUAUUUGCAACACAUUCCACACUCCGUCGGUCAGUGCAUACAUUGAUACCAGUCACGGCAUGUACUCGUGCACAACGUGCCGUCGGGUGGCCAACGUGCUUCUUCCCAUCCUUCCAGUCUCGGCAGUAUGUUCGUCGGAUGUCGCUGCUGUCGGCCUUGGUGUUGACUCGGAGCAACCCGAGGCAGCAGAUGCCGCAGAUGCAGCAUGGACGGAAAGUGCGCUGUCACCAGAAGUUCUGGAUGAUGACGCUACAGCCGCCAACGUAAACGGCGUUUCUGAAAUGCGCGCUGUGGUUGCGGCAACGAGCAUCAUUCGUCAGGUGACGCAAGCGUCGCGGCUGGGCGGCAGGUUUGAGGAUUGCAGUUUUGCGACCGUUGCAUCGACCAUGCGAAAUAUCAUCCGGUCGGCGCUUCUCCAAGCAAGCAGUGUGUCUCAGGACGCGGCCCGACGGCGUGAGCUUUUGGACAAGAUGACGGGCUACGGCGAACUCGUCCGCAUGCUCUUUGGCUGCUGCCGCAACCAACCUGACAACAACGACAACAUCGACAACGACAGCAACGACAACAACAAGGGGACGACUCUGAUGGAACACGAUAUGCGUCACAGCUUGCUCCCGCUGAUUUGGAAGGCGUUGGUUUGCCAACCUUCGCAACAGUCACCUUCCGACCUUUCAAGCAGCCGCACACCAACACCCCCCUCCAAGAUGCACUCACCACCUAGUCCUGGUUUUGCGCAUCUGAGCACGCUGGCACACGAAUUGUUGCGCGCGGACCCGCCAUUCAUUGCGCGCAACCCGCUCGGGUGUGAUGCCCUUUCUGUUUUGUGCCAUCUACUUUGUCUUUGGCCGCGAGCGAUCACGUUGGCCGAGAUCGGACGACUUGGGCGAACUGUCUUCCCUCUGUCCAUUGUUCAGGCACUCAUCCCGGCGCUCUUGCACGUAGGUCAACAGUUUGCGCUGUCGACCGACGCUGUCGCUCAAGUUGUCGACGACGCGCUGGCAGCAACCACGUUCGAGACUCUUGACGACCCCUCCGAUCGCAUCGACACUUGGCUGCUCCAAUUCGCCAAGACAAUUUGCAGGGUUCUCGCGACUCAGUCUGCCCUGGUGAGCGGCCUGUCGCUAGACUUGGCGGUGGUCAUGCUGGACAAGUCUGUCGACAUUUUUGGCAUGCCAGAAGCGGAUUUGCCGCCUGUAACUGCCUCUCCCUCGAUGGAGUCGGUAGCCAAUCCCGAUCAGGACGUGGGCUUGGACGCUGGUGACGCUGUCCGUGUGCGUGAGCGCGUCAUUGCACACCUUCUCGCAGUCACGCGGAGGUUGUUGCAGCCGUACGUUCACGGCGUGCACCUUCUUGGCAACUAUCUUGCUGGACAGCCAUUGGCGCGCGAGCAUCUCUUUUCGGACGCCUUGUUUGACGCGCUCGCCCUCGUUUCUCCCUCUCUUGAGUCGAUUGCGCAUCCCGCGCUUCGAUGCUAUCCUGCCCGAUUGGCCGACCCUGAUGUCGAUGUGCGGGAAGUGCUGCCCGCUGCAUUUGGAGAGCAGACUGAGCAGUGGCUCGCGUUGUUGUCGGCAGCUCUUCCGACUCCGGGUGAGCGUCAAGCAACCACCCCAACCAUGCACAUUGGUAUUGUUCCCUCUCGCCCCGUCCAGUUGAUUCCGCUUCCAAACUGUUUCGACGAUCUCUUCCGCUCCUUCCGUGGCAUGACCUGUGGGAACUGUCACAGCGUACCAGCGCAGGGCGCGCUGUGCUUGAUCUGCGGCACCUUUUUGUGUGUGCCCAUGCGCUCGAGUGCGCUAAACUGCUGUACUGUGGCUCGUACAAGCGAAAUCGUUGCGCAUUCCCGGUCGUGUUGUGCAGGCCUGGCAGUCAUUCUGAUUCUGUCAUCCUCCGCCGUUCAGAUCUACCGAAGUCAAGUGACGUGCUCCUGGGGCUCGCCUUACUUGGAUGUUUUCGGCGAGGAAGACAUUGACCUUCGACGCGGCCGUCCGCUCUUCUUGAACCAGGCUCGGUACGCGGCCCUGAAUUCUCAUUUUCUUCUUCAAUCCUUUGAUAAUUCUUCUGCCAAUUGGAGCUACCAACCCCACGAGCGGUAGUCGGGGCGGGGAGUUGUUUGUGCUCGUUUGGUGUUUGCUUCUUCAAUGCAAUGUUUCCUUCAGUUCGUGUACUUUGUUUGGCAUUUUAAUUCACGACAAAAACAAUGCGCACCUUGAAAAGCUCCGCUCCUCACAAACCAAUAACAGCAACGAC